GAGCGGUUACUUAGGGCGCAGCACAGGUUGCUGGAGCGAAGCGCUGAAACUAAACUGAAGCUCGAUUAACAAAAUUGUCGUUGUUUGUUCAUGUUUUACAGAAGAAAUCAAGCAGGGUUGAAUCAUGUUUAAAAAUACAUUUCAGAGUGGAUUCCUCUCAAUAUUAUACAGCAUUGGGAGCAAGCCGCUCCAGAUUUGGGAUAAAAAGGUGAGAAAUGGCCAUAUAAAAAGGAUUACAGACAAUGACAUCCAGUCUCUGGUCCUAGAAGUGGAAGGAACCAAUGUCAGCACAACCUACAUCACAUGCCCAGCUGAUCCCAAAAAAACUUUGGGCAUCAAACUUCCGUUCCUCAUCAUGAUCAUCAAAAAUCUAAAGAAAUAUUUCACAUUUGAAGUUCAGGUAUUGGAUGAUAAAAAUGUGAGGCGCAGAUUUAGGGCCAGUAAUUACCAGAGUACGACACGCGUGAAGCCCUUCAUCUGCACCAUGCCCAUGAGACUGGAUGAUGGCUGGAACCAGAUCCAGUUUAACCUGUCAGAUUUCACAAGAAGAGCUUACGGAACCAACUACAUUGAGACCCUGCGAGUACAGAUCCACGCCAACUGUCGCAUUAGAAGAGUCUACUUCUCUGACCGACUGUACUCAGAGGACGAGCUCCCGGCAGAAUUUAAACUGUAUUUGCCUGUACAAAACAAAGCAAAGCAGUGAUCCGGGAUUUCCGCACCCCUUCCUACAGUUCAAGCCUCUUGUUUUAAAUGCAUUCCCCCCCCCCACCAAGUUUUUCUCUAAAAUGUUCUGUCUUGUUACUACACGUGACCUGGUUUAGUUUUUGUUUUUUUGUGUUGUAUAUUUUUACACAUUUAGACAAUGUGGAAUUUAAAAUAUCAGUGGAAAAUGUGAAUUCAAAGCAAUGCUAAUAAAAUAUUAUAUUACUGUAA